UCAGCUGUUGCUCAGUUUGUUUUGUGUAAAUAAUUGGAUGUGGAGGAAAAACUUAAUUAUAUUGUCCUCUGUUUCCUCUGUUUUAACACUUCCUCACGAUCUCCAUGUCGGACGACAUCAAGAAGUAUUUGGAUGGCUUGUUGCAAAAGGUCAGCGGCCUAUACGUGAUUCAGAUAACGGAUCGUGAUGGAGUACCCCUCCUUCGGGUCAGUCAGGAAAAGAACGUGGACUUCGCCCUGAUGCCCUCAUUUAUACCCACAUUCACCACUGCCUGCGACCAGGCGAGCAAACUGGGUUUGGGCAGGAACAAGACCAUCAUCUCCAUGUACUCCAAUUACCAGGUGGUCCAGAUGAACAAAUUGCCAUUAAUUCUGACCUUUGUGGGUGCCGAGAACUGUAAUACGGGUCACAUCCUCGCUUUGGAGCACCAGGUGGAUGGCUAUUUGGAGGACAUAAAGCUCGCUGUUACCGAGGCAUAGAAUUAAUAUAUACUGUAAUUUGCAUAUUUUUAAAGAUUACUAAAUGUUUAUACCCUAUUGAAAACUAAAUGAAUAAUACUUUAUAUAACUAAA